AUGCCGAUGGAUGCGACGGCCCUGACGGCGUCGGUGAAAGAGCUGAACGAGGCGAGCGCUGGUGGCAAGACUGAGGCUUCUGAAGAAGCUCAAGGCCGAUGUCGAGCCCACCGAGGAGCUGCUGAGAGUAUCGCUGUCGGCAAGCUCCGCCAGAAUGCCACCCCGGGUGUCUCGUCUCUCGCGAAGGAGAUCGUGAAGCAGUGGAAGGAGGCUGUCGAGGAGAGCAAGCGGAAACGUAAACGCGAGGCUGAGGCCGACGGAUCUGCGCCGAAGGACGACGCCGUGAAGCGCGUCAAGGCUACGUCGGCGGCCCCGUCGAGUGGCGCCGCUUCGCCGGCUGCGUCAACACCUGCCGGCAGCGCUGGCGACCCUCGCAGCCCCAAGAGCCCGGCACCCCUCACGACGAUUGACAGCACCCGCACCACGCCGCGCAACUCGAAGACGGACGACAUGGUGUCCCGUCUCCGGAGUGACAGCACCGAUGCCGCCUCCGAGGACCUGACAUCAGACAAGAAGACGAUCGCCGAGCGGGCGAUUGGUAUCGAGCGCGAAGCUUUCAAGCUGCUCAAGUUCAACUCGGGCAACGAGUACCGUGCCAAGAUGCGCUCGCUCUUCCUCAACAUCAAGGACAAGGGCAACCCCGGUCUCCGCAACGAGAUUGUCCUCGGUCAGGUCACCCCGGACAAGGUCGUGCGGAUGAGCAAGGAGGAGAUGGCGUCAGAGAGUGUGCGUCUGCUGAACGAGAAGCUUGCGGAGAAGAACCUAUUCAAGGCCAAGGCGGUCGGUGUGACUCAGGCCGAGACGGACGCCUUCAAGUGCUCAAGAUGUCAGCAGCGCAAGUGCACGUACUACCAGAUGCAGACCCGUUCUGCAGACGAGCCUAUGACUUGUGGAGGAUGCUGA